UAAGAUGCGCAAUAGAUUUGUACGCAUGAUUCCACGUAGUGACAAGCAGUGAAAUAACAUAACCUAAGGUUUGGUCUGUAAAUAUUUAGUUAUUAUAAAUUUCCAUUUGUUUAUGGAUUAAAUCGUAAAGAUAAUCAAAUAAUAAUAGAAAAUAAUACAAAAUGGUGUCUGUUUUAAAUACCGUUGAUACGAAUCACGAAGAUAUGAUCCAUGAUGCUGAAAUGGACUAUUAUGGUUUGAGGUUAGCAACAUGCUCAAGUGAUAAUUCUGUAAAAAUUUUUGACUUAAAAAAUGGAUCCCAGAGUUUAGUUGCAGAUCUUAAAGGGCACGUAGGUCCUGUUUGGCAAGUCGCUUGGGCACAUCCCAAAUUUGGAAAUAUUUUAGCUUCUUGUAGCUAUGAUAGAAAAGUUAUUAUUUGGAAAGAACUCGGUGAAUGGACUAAAAUUUAUGAACACACAGGACAUGAUUCUUCAGUCAAUUCAGUUGCUUGGGCACCACACGAAUUUGGCUUGAUUUUAGCCUGCGGUAGUUCAGAUGGUUCUAUAUCUAUACUCACUAACAACGCUGAUACCUGGGAUACACAAAAAAUAACAAAUGCACAUACUAUUGGAUGCAAUGCGGUUAGUUGGUGUCCUGCGAUAGAUACCAGCUUUGAUUCUAAUAACAUUCAGCAAAAGACUGGUCCUAUUAAGAGAUUAGCUACUGGAGGUUGUGAUAAUUUAGUUAAAAUAUGGAAAGAAGAAGGUGACCGAUGGGUGGAAGAAAAUAAACUGGAAGCUCACAGUGAUUGGGUACGUGAUGUUGAAUGGGCACCAGCAGUUGGACCUUCCAGAGGUACCUUAGCUUCUUGUUCUCAAGAUCGUAGAGUUGUUAUAUGGACAUCGAAUGAUUACUUAAAUUGGACAUCUAAAGUUCUUAAUAUUUUUGAUGAUGUCAUUUGGAAUAUUAGUUGGUCUUUAACAGGUGGUAUUUUAGCAGUUAGUGGUGGAGAUAAUAAAGUUUCACUUUGGCGUGAAAAUUCGGAAGGUCAAUGGGCAUGCAUUUCCGAAUUGAACAAAGGUCAAGGCAAUCUCAAUAAUACAGAUCAACGUGCUUUGUAAUUUAACUAGUAAAGUAUAUGCUAUUUUAUAUAUACAAAUAUACAUAUUAAUAGAAAUAUAUUAUUGAAAAAGCUGCUUGAUAGCAUACACGUCCUUACCAAAAUUUAAAAAUAUAUAUAACAUUUUCAAAUUUACAUUAAAAAAAAGUAAUUCCAUUUAAUUCUAAAAGAUUUUAUUCCAUUGUAAAUUUGCAGCUUAAAAAGUAUACAAAUUUGUAUACACUUUGUCCAAAUGUACAUAUUACAAGGAAAAAAAAGAAAUUAUAUUAAUUGACAAUAUUUAUUACACAAUACUUAAUACAUUACUUUAAACAUUUGAAUAUUUCUUAAAUUAUCUAUUUAUAAAAAUAUCAUAAAAUUU